AUGAUCAUUAAUGUUAAUGAGGGAGGGCUGCCAGGGGGGCUGCCAGGAGGGACUGCCAGGAGGAAUACCAGGGGGGCUGCCAAGAGGAAUACCAGGGGGGCUGCCAGGGGGCUGCCAGGGGGCUGCCAGGAGGAAUACCAGGGGGCUGCCAGGAGGAAUACCAGGGGGGCUGCCAGGGGGCUGCCAGGAGGAAUACCAGGGGGGCUGCCAGGAGGGACUGCCAGGAGGAAUACCAGGGGGACUGCCAGGAGGGCUGCCAGGGGGGCUGCCAGGAGGGACUGCCAGGAGGAAUACCAGGGGGGCUGCCAGGGGGCUGCCAGGGGGCUGCCAGGAGGGAAUGCCAGGAGGAAUACCAGGGGGGGCUGCCAGGGGGGCUGCCAGGAGGAAUACCAGGGGGGCUGCCAGGAGGGGCUGCCAGGAGGAAUACCAGGGGGGCUGCCAGGGGGCUGCCAGGAGGACUGCCAGGAGGGGCUGCCAGGAGGAAUACCAGGGGGCUGCCAGGAGGAAUACCAGGGGGCUGCCAGGAGGGCUGCCAGGGGGGGCUGCCAGGAGGGCUGCCAGGAGGAAUACCAGGGGGGCUGCCAGGAGGAAUACCAGGAGGGCUGCCAGGAGGGACUGCCAGGAGGAAUACCAGGAGGGCUGCCAGGGGGGCUGCCAGGAGGACUGCCAGGGGGCUGCCAGGAGGAAUACCAGGGGGGCUGCCAGGAGGAAUGCCAGGAGGAAUACCAGGAGGGCUGCCAGGAGGGCUGCCAGGGGGGCUGCCAGGAGGAAUACCAGGGGGGCUGCCAGGAGGAAUACCAGGGGGGCUGCCAGGAGGACUGCCAGGGGGGCUGCCAGGGGGGCUGCCAGGAGGAAUACCAGGGGGGCUGCCAGGAGGAAUACCAGGGGGGCUGCCAGGAGGAAUACCAGGGGGGCUGCCAGGGUAGCUGCCAGGGGGGCUGCCAGGGGGGCUGCCAGGAGGACUGCCAGGAGGGCUGCCAGGUGAAACUGCUAGGAGGGAGCUCUCCUUCUUCCUUCCCACAUACUACCCUCCCCCACCCAUCCUCCACCCCUCCCCCACCCCUCCCCCACCCUUCCCCCACCCCCCCCAUGACAAAUAUCACCCUCCUUCCGACAACAGCUCCACGCCCCAGUACAGCAGGCAUUACCUCAUCCUGGUACUGA